AUGUCAAAAAACGAACAAAAUGGAACCGAUGACAUGAAAGUGGCUGUAGGAGAAAUAGACGAAAUAAUGAAACGUUAUGAUGAAAAGAUUCGUAACAAGUUGGUCUCUCAUAUUCUUUCAUCUUGGUUGACUGAAAAAGCAGCUGAACAUUUAGGUCUAGAUGAAGUUUUAGAAAAUGAUAACUAUGUGGAUGAUGACUUUGACACCGGCGAUAUUUUGGAUGACCCGAUCAAGACUUUAGACAACAUCGUUGCAUCAAUUAAACCCAAAGUACCUCGAAGCGGAAUUUUGGAGUUAGAAAAUUUCAUUCAAACUAAAAACCCCGAUGAUUCCAAUACAACGAUUGAAAUUGAUUGUUUUCUGUACGACGAUGAAGACCUCGACAUUCUUGAAGACAAAGGAGAGCUGUCGCGUUACUACUGCGAAACAUGUGGCUCUAAGAAAAUAAAAUUCUUAAAUAUUGAAUCACAUUCAAUGUCCCGCGAAGAACUAUUUGCUCUUUUCAACGAUACCCUUCCUGUUCUUGUAGAUAAAGUAGUCCUCGAUGUGGGCUCACGUCUCGGUGCAGUUUUGUAUGGAGCUUACGUAUUUACUGAUGCAGAAAAGAUAAUAGGUGUCGAAAUGAACAAAGAAUUUUGCGACAUUCAAACAGAGGUGAUCGACAAAUUCAAAAUGAAUAAGAGAAUCGAGGUGAUCAACAAAAAAAUUCAGGAUUGUGCAGACGUACUAAUUUCUGCGGAUGUAGUUGUUUUAAACAAUGUCUUUGAACCGUAUCUUCCGAAAGAAAAGCAUGCUGAGUUGUGGUAUUUCUUCAAGGAACACAUCAAGAAAGGCGCUUACAUCGUAUGCCGACCUCCAAUUGAACACGCAGUGAAAGAUUUGAAUCUUAACAUCGACGUUACCGAGUGGAUCAAAAAAGUAGAGGCACUAAGUUUUAAUGAUACUACUGACGAAGGUGAAAAUGAAGUUCCCAAGAUUGAUUUUCCGAGAAGUGGGAUAUCCUGCUACGUGGUUCUAUAA